AGGGGGCAGAACCAAGGGAAGGGGAGCUGUCAGGCCCAGGCCCCUCGGGGGCCAGGGCCAGGCCACUGCCUGCGGGCAGCGGGCACCAGAAACUGAAGGUAUGAAAAGGGGCAGUCUCUAUGGAGGAAGCAGGAAAGGAUCCAGGAGGACCCUCUGCCCAGCAGCCUGAGCCGGGCAGGGCCCCUCCCUCUGCUACGGCAGCCCCCCAUCAUGCAGCCACCGCUGGACCUCAAGCAGAUCCUGCCCUUCCCACUGGAACCUGCCCCCACCCUGGGCCUCUUCAGCAACUACAGCACUAUGGACCCUGUGCAGAAGGCUGUGCUUUCCCACACUUUUGGGGGACCCUUGCUCAAGACCAAGAGGCCCAUCAUCUCCUGUAACGUCUGUCAGAUCCGCUUCAAUUCUCAGAGCCAGGCCGAGGCGCACUACAAGGGUAAUCGCCACGCCCGAAGAGUUAAAGGCAUCGAGGCUGCCAAGACCCGGGGCAGGGAGCCUGGCAUCAGGGAACCUGGAGACCCAGCUCCCCCAGGCAGCACCACCCCAAAUGGGGAUGGUGUAGCCCCCCGUCCAGUUUCCAUGGAGAACGGACUGGGUCCCGCCCCAGGAUCCCCAGAGAAACAGCCUGGCUCCCCAUCCCCUCCCAGCAUUCCGGAGACUGGUCAGGGUGCAACCAAGGGGGAAGGGGGCACUCCAGCCCCAGCUUCCCUGCCUGGUGGUAGCAAGGAAGAGGAGGAGAAGGCCAAGCGGCUGCUCUACUGUGCUCUGUGCAAGGUGGCAGUGAACUCCUUGUCCCAGCUCGAGGCACAUAACAAAGGUACCAAGCACAAGACAAUUCUGGAGGCCCGAAGUGGGCUGGGCCCCAUCAAAGCUUACCCUCGGCUGGGGCCUCCCACUCCCGGGGAACCCGAGGCCCCUGCCCAGGACCGAACCUUCCACUGUGAGAUCUGCAAUGUCAAGGUCAACUCGGAGGUCCAACUGAAACAGCACAUUUCCAGCCGGCGGCACCGAGAUGGCGUGGCCGGGAAGCCCAACCCGCUACUGAGCCGUCACAAGAAGCCUAGGGGCGCCGGGGAGCUGACGGGCACGCUGACUUUCUCCAAGGAGCUCCCCAAGUCGCUGGCCGGCGGCCUGCUCCCCAGCCCCCUGGCGGUGGCUGCGGUGAUGGCAGCCGCAGCAGGCUCCCCGCUGUCCCUGCGCCCGGCCCCAGCCGCACCUCUCCUCCAGGGACCGCCGAUCACCCACCCCCUGCUCCACCCGGCCCCCGGGCCCAUCCGAACUGCGCAUGGACCCAUCCUCUUCUCCCCCUAUUGACCUGAACCAUGAACCCCCUCCCAUUCGACCCCCCCCCCCCACCUCCAGCCGGGACCCAGGCCUCCGGGCUCCCAGCCCGCCCCUCCUCCCGGCACUCCCUGAAUGAUCUCUCUCCUUCCCCCCCCACCCCGAGGUACGGGGUUCCAGGAAAGGGGAGGGGUAGCGGGGAAGGGGGGCUUCAGAAGGGGGGGAACACCCCAGAUCUCAGGGAACCCCGCCCCCUGCCCUUUUCCCUCUCCCUUUCCCUAGAAAAGGGGGGGCCGUCUCACCCCCAAGUCCCCUUGGAGACACCCCCCUCCCAAAAGCCAUGUCCAUCCAGCCCUUCCCCCCCAAACCUAGCACAAAACGGGGUUCACAAGCCAUGGUCGGGGUCCGGGGGACAGAAAUGGAUUUUCUUGGCAAUAAGCGGACUCUGGGACUCCGGCCCCCUAUCCCCAAACUGAAGCGCUUCCGUGAACACCCCCGUCCUCCGCAGGGGGAGGGGAGCAGGCGGGAUCCUCGGUCCCUCAUAAGCACUUUGGUUUUACCGCCUGCAACCUCACUGUGCCCGCCCCGCACCAUGCCCCAGCCCCAGGUCUAGCCGGACCCCUCGCAGGGGGCAGUACUUGGGGGCAUCUCUGGCACUUGGGUGGGACCAAGUAGAUGCCCCUAUAGACCCUUCCCUCAUCUUCUUCCUCCCCAGUCUGGAUUCCAUUCUUUUCACCAGCACCCAUCGCCCAAGGGGUACCGAGGGGGGCAAGGGGUGUCCAGUCCAAGCCCACCCCCGCCUCGCCUUCCGCAAAACUGUGAGCAAAAAGCAAUAGAAGCCUCGCCCCCGCCCCUCCCCUUCCCGCAGGAUUCGCAGAGUCUGUAGCCUCCCCCAUCCCAGAUCCUAUAGACCUCAUGGCUGUCCCCUCCGACCAGACACCUCCACUGCACAAUUCGGGCGGGGGCGUGACCUCCCCCCCCCCCCCCCCCCACCUCUGUGGUUUCCAUAUCGUCAGCCCUUCCAGCCGCCGACCCGGGAGCGGGACGGGCCCCCACUGGCCUUCCCCUCCCCAUCAACUCUUUCUGCUUGACGAUGUAGCAACCCCGGCCCCCCAUCCUCGUCUUUCCCUUUUCCCCCUCCCUGACAAUAAAGUCUGGAUUCGUUGCCCUCCGCCCCCCAGA